GGCCGCAUAGACAAUGACAGAAGAUUCCGACUCGAUAUCUGAGGAAGAACGCAGUUUGUUCCGUCCCUUUACCCGCGAAUCAUUGGUGCAAAUCGAACAACGCAUUGCCGCUGAACAUGAAAAGCAGAAGGAGCUGGAAAGAAAGAGAGCCGAGGGAGAGGUGCCGCAAUAUGGUCGCAAGAAAAAACAAAAAGAAAUCCGAUAUGAUGACGAGGACGAGGAUGAAGGUCCACAACCGGAUCCUACACUUGAACAGGGUGUGCCAAUACCUGUUCGAUUGCAGGGCAGCUUCCCGCCGGAAUUGGCCUCCACUCCUCUCGAGGAUAUCGAUCCCUACUACAGCAAUGUACUGACAUUCGUAGUUGUAAGCAAAGGAAAAGAUAUUUUUCGCUUUUCUGCAUCAAAAGCAAUGUGGCUGCUCGAUCCAUUCAAUCCGAUACGUCGUGUGGCCAUUUACAUUCUAGUGCAUCCAUUAUUUUCCCUAUUCAUCAUCACCACAAUUCUCGUCAACUGCAUCCUGAUGAUAAUGCCGACAACGCCCACGGUUGAGUCCACUGAGGUGAUAUUCACCGGAAUCUACACAUUUGAAUCAGCUGUUAAAGUGAUGGCACGAGGUUUCAUUUUAUGCCCGUUUACGUAUCUUAGAGAUGCAUGGAAUUGGCUGGACUUCGUAGUAAUAGCUUUAGCUUAUGUGACCAUGGGUAUAGAUUUAGGUAAUCUAGCAGCCUUGCGAACGUUUAGGGUGCUGCGAGCGCUUAAAACCGUAGCCAUUGUGCCAGGCUUGAAGACCAUCGUCGGUGCUGUCAUUGAAUCGGUGAAGAAUCUGCGCGAUGUGAUAAUCCUGACCAUGUUCUCCCUUUCGGUGUUCGCGCUGAUGGGCCUGCAGAUCUACAUGGGCGUACUCACUCAGAAGUGCAUCAAGAAGUUCCCGCUGGACGGCUCCUGGGGCAAUCUGACCGACGAGAACUGGGACUAUCACAAUCGCAAUAGCUCGAAUUGGUAUUCGGAAGACGAGGGCAUUUCAUUUCCGCUGUGCGGCAAUAUAUCUGGAGCGGGGCAAUGCGAUGACGACUAUGUGUGCCUGCAGGGGUUUGGGCCAAAUCCGAAUUAUGGUUAUACCAGUUUUGAUUCAUUCGGUUGGGCCUUCCUGUCCGCUUUCCGGCUGAUGACACAGGACUUCUGGGAGGAUCUGUAUCAGCUGGUGUUGCGCGCUGCCGGACCAUGGCACAUGCUGUUCUUUAUAGUCAUCAUCUUCCUAGGUUCAUUCUAUCUUGUGAAUUUGAUUUUGGCCAUUGUUGCCAUGUCGUAUGACGAAUUGCAAAAGAAGGCCGAAGAAGAAGAGGCUGCCGAAGAGGAGGCGAUACGUGAAGCUGAGGAAGCUGCCGCCGCUAAAGCCGCCAAGCUGGAGGAGCGGGCCAAUGCGCAGGCUCAGGCAGCAGCGGAUGCGGCUGCCGCCGAAGAGGCAGCACUGCAUCCGGAGAUGGCCAAGAGUCCGACGUAUUCGUGCAUCAGCUAUGAGCUUUUCGUUGGCGGCGAGAAGGGCAACGAUGACAACAACAAGGAGAAGAUGUCCAUUCGCAGCGUCGAGGUGGAGUCGGAGUCGGUGAGCGUUAUACAAAGACAACCAGCACCUACCACAGCACACCAAGCUACCAAAGUUCGUAAAGUGAGCACGACAUCCUUAUCCUUACCUGGUUCACCGUUUAACAUACGCAGGGGAUCACGUAGUUCUCACAAGUACACGAUACGGAACGGACGUGGACGCUUUGGUAUACCCGGUAGCGAUCGCAAGCCGUUGGUAUUGUCAACAUAUCAGGACGCCCAGCAGCACUUGCCCUAUGCCGACGACUCAAAUGCCGUCACCCCGAUGUCUGAGGAGAAUGGGGCUAUCAUAGUACCCGUAUAUUAUGGUAAUCUAGGCUCUCGACACUCAUCGUAUACCUCGCAUCAGUCCCGUAUAUCGUAUACCUCACAUGGCGAUCUACUCGGCGGCAUGGCCGUCAUGGGCGUCAGCACAAUGACCAAGGAGAGCAAAUUGCGCAAUCGCAACACACGCAAUCAAUCAGUGGGAGCCACCAAUGGUGGCACCACCUGCCUGGACACCAAUCACAAGCUCGAGCAUCGCGACUACGAAAUCGGUCUGGAGUGCACGGACGAAGCUGGCAAGAUUAAACAUCAUGACAAUCCUUUUAUCGAGCCCGUCCAGACACAAACGGUGGUCGACAUGAAAGAUGUGAUGGUCCUGAAUGACAUCAUCGAACAGGCCGCUGGUCGGCAUAGUCGGGCAAGCGAUCGCGGUGUCUCCGUUUACUAUUUCCCAACAGAGGACGAUGACGAGGACGGGCCAACGUUCAAAGACAAGGCACUCGAAGUGAUCCUUAAAGGCAUCGAUGUGUUUUGUGUGUGGGACUGUUGCUGGGUUUGGUUGAAAUUUCAGGAGUGGGUCUCUCUAAUCGUCUUCGAUCCGUUCGUCGAGCUCUUCAUUACCCUGUGCAUUGUGGUUAACACAAUGUUUAUGGCGAUGGAUCAUCACGAUAUGAACAAGGAGAUGGAACGUGUUCUCAAAAGUGGCAACUAUUUCUUCACGGCCACCUUUGCCAUUGAGGCCACCAUGAAGCUAAUGGCCAUGAGCCCGAAAUACUAUUUCCAGGAGGGUUGGAACAUCUUCGAUUUCAUUAUCGUUGCCCUCUCACUUUUGGAGCUGGGUCUCGAGGGUGUCCAGGGUCUGUCCGUCUUGCGUUCUUUUCGAUUGCUGCGUGUUUUCAAGCUGGCCAAAUCCUGGCCAACGCUGAAUUUGCUCAUAUCGAUUAUGGGCCGCACUGUCGGCGCCCUCGGCAAUCUAACCUUCGUCCUGUGCAUUAUUAUCUUCAUAUUCGCGGUCAUGGGCAUGCAGCUGUUUGGCAAGAACUACACAGAUCACAAGGACCGAUUCCCGGAUGGCGAUCUGCCGCGCUGGAACUUCACCGACUUUAUGCACAGCUUUAUGAUCGUGUUCCGGGUGCUCUGCGGAGAAUGGAUUGAGUCCAUGUGGGACUGCAUGUACGUGGGCGAUGUCUCGUGCAUUCCCUUCUUCUUGGCCACCGUUGUCAUCGGCAAUCUUGUGGUACUUAACCUUUUCUUAGCCUUGCUUUUGUCCAAUUUUGGCUCAUCUAGCUUAUCAGCGCCGACUGCCGAUAACGAUACGAAUAAAAUAGCCGAGGCCUUCAAUCGAAUUGGCCGUUUUAAAAGUUGGGUUAAGCGUAAUAUUGCUGAUUGUUUCAAGUUAAUACGUAACAAAUUGACAAAUCAAAUAAGUGAUCAACCAUCAGGUGAGAGGACCAACCAGAUCAGUUGGAUUUGGAGCGAAGAGCAUGGUGACAACGAACUGGAGCUGGGUCACGACGAGAUCCUCGCCGAUGGCCUGAUCAAGAAGGGUAUCAAGGAGCAGACGCAACUGGAGGUGGCCAUCGGGGAUGGCAUGGAGUUCACGAUACACGGCGACAUGAAGAACAACAAGCCGAAGAAAUCCAAAUAUCUUAAUAACGCAACGAUGAUUGGCAACUCAAUUAACCACCAUGACAAUAGACUGGAACACGAGCUAAACCAUAGAGGUUUGUCCUUACAGGACGACGACACUGCCAGCAUUAACUCAUAUGGUAGCCAUAAGAAUCGACCAUUCAAGGAUGAGAGCCACAAGGGCAGCGCCGAGACGAUGGAGGGCGAAGAGAAACGCGAUGCUAGCAAAGAGGAUUUAGGUCUCGACGAGGAACUGGACGAGGAGGGCGAAUGCGAGGAGGGCCCGCUCGACGGUGAUAUCAUUAUUCAUGCACACGACGAGGAUAUACUCGAUGAAUAUCCAGCUGAUUGCUGCCCCGAUUCGUACUAUAAGAAAUUUCCGAUCUUAGCCGGUGACGAUGACUCGCCGUUCUGGCAAGGAUGGGGCAAUUUACGACUGAAAACUUUUCAAUUAAUUGAAAAUAAAUAUUUUGAAACAGCUGUUAUCACUAUGAUUUUAAUGAGUAGCUUAGCUUUGGCAUUAGAAGAUGUACAUCUGCCACAAAGACCCAUACUGCAGGAUAUUUUAUACUAUAUGGACAGAAUAUUUACGGUUAUAUUCUUCUUGGAAAUGUUAAUCAAGUGGUUGGCGCUCGGCUUCAAAGUGUACUUCACCAACGCGUGGUGUUGGCUCGAUUUCGUGAUUGUCAUGGUAUCGCUUAUCAACUUCGUUGCUUCACUUGUUGGAGCUGGUGGUAUUCAAGCCUUCAAGACUAUGCGAACGUUAAGAGCACUGAGACCACUACGUGCCAUGUCCCGUAUGCAGGGCAUGAGGGUCGUCGUUAAUGCGCUGGUACAAGCUAUACCGUCCAUCUUCAAUGUGCUAUUGGUGUGUCUAAUAUUUUGGCUAAUUUUUGCCAUAAUGGGUGUACAGCUUUUUGCUGGAAAAUAUUUUAAGUGCGAGGACAUGAACGGCACGAAGCUCAGCCACGAGAUCAUACCAAAUCGCAAUGCCUGCGAGAGCGAGAACUACACGUGGGUGAAUUCAGCAAUGAAUUUCGAUCAUGUAGGUAACGCGUAUCUGUGCCUUUUCCAAGUGGCCACCUUCAAAGGCUGGAUACAAAUCAUGAACGAUGCUAUCGAUUCACGAGAGGUGGACAAGCAACCAAUUCGUGAAACGAACAUCUACAUGUAUUUAUAUUUCGUAUUCUUCAUCAUAUUUGGAUCAUUUUUCACACUCAAUCUGUUCAUUGGUGUUAUCAUUGAUAAUUUUAAUGAGCAAAAGAAAAAAGCAGGUGGAUCAUUAGAAAUGUUCAUGACAGAAGAUCAGAAAAAGUACUAUAAUGCUAUGAAAAAGAUGGGCUCUAAAAAACCAUUAAAAGCCAUUCCAAGACCAAGGUGGCGACCACAAGCAAUAGUCUUUGAAAUAGUAACCGAUAAGAAAUUCGAUAUAAUCAUUAUGUUAUUCAUUGGUCUGAACAUGUUCACCAUGACACUCGAUCGUUACGAUGCGUCGGACACGUACAACGCGGUCCUAGACUAUCUCAAUGCGAUAUUCGUAGUUAUUUUCAGUUCCGAAUGUCUAUUAAAAAUAUUCGCUUUACGAUAUCACUAUUUUAUUGAGCCAUGGAAUUUAUUUGAUGUAGUAGUUGUCAUUUUAUCCAUCUUAGGUCUCGUACUUAGCGAUAUUAUCGAGAAGUACUUCGUGUCGCCGACCCUGCUCCGAGUGGUGCGUGUGGCGAAAGUGGGUCGUGUCCUUCGACUGGUCAAAGGUGCCAAGGGCAUUAGGACACUGCUAUUCGCCUUGGCUAUGUCGCUGCCGGCCCUGUUCAACAUCUGCCUGCUGCUGUUCCUGGUUAUGUUCAUCUUUGCCAUUUUCGGCAUGUCGUUCUUCAUGCACGUUAAGGAGAAGAGCGGCAUCAACGAUGUCUACAAUUUCAAGACCUUUGGCCAGAGCAUGAUCCUGCUCUUUCAGAUGUCGACAUCAGCCGGUUGGGAUGGUGUACUGGACGCCAUUAUCAAUGAGGAAGCAUGCGAUCCACCCGACAACGACAAAGGCUAUCCGGGCAAUUGUGGUUCAGCGACCGUUGGAAUAACGUUUCUCCUCUCAUACCUAGUUAUAAGCUUUUUGAUAGUUAUUAAUAUGUACAUUGCUGUCAUUCUCGAGAACUAUAGUCAGGCCACCGAGGACGUGCAAGAGGGUCUAACCGACGAUGACUACGAUAUGUACUACGAGAUCUGGCAGCAGUUCGAUCCGGAGGGCACCCAGUAUAUACGCUAUGAUCAGCUGUCCGAAUUCCUGGACGUACUGGAGCCUCCGCUGCAGAUCCAUAAACCGAAUAAGUACAAGAUCAUAUCGAUGGACAUACCCAUAUGUCGCGGUGACCUCAUGUACUGCGUCGAUAUUCUCGACGCCCUCACGAAAGACUUCUUUGCGCGGAAGGGCAAUCCGAUAGAGGAGACGGGCGAGAUCGGUGAGAUAGCGGCCCGACCAGAUACGGAGGGCUAUGAGCCCGUCUCAUCAACGCUGUGGCGCCAGCGAGAGGAGUACUGUGCCCGGCUUAUACAGCAUGCCUGGCGUAAGCACAAGGCGCGCGGCGAGGGUGGCGGUGGGUCCUUCGAACCGGAUACGGAUCAGGGAGAUGGCGGUGAUCCGGAUGCUGCGGACCCAGCGCCAGGCGAUGAAACUGCGGAUGGCGAGGCCCCUGCAGGAGGAGAUGGUAGUGUUAACGGUACUGGAGGAAAUGGAGAAGGUGCUGCCGAUGCCGACGAGAGCAAUGUAAAUAGUCCGGGUGAGGAUGCAGCGGCAGCAGCAGCAGCGGCGGCGGCGGGUACGACGGCGGGAACAACGGCUGGUAGUCCCGGAGCGGGCAGCGCCGGACGACAGACCGCCGUUCUCGUAGAGAGCGACGGGUUCGUGACGAAGAACGGCCACAAGGUGGUCAUCCACUCCCGAUCGCCGAGCAUCACGUCGCGUACGGCGGAUGUCUGAGCCAGGCCUCGCCCCCCCCUCCAAGAUGCACGCGAGUAUUAGCAUGAGUACGUAUUGGAUGUUGCACGUUGCACGCUGCAUGUCAGCACGUUAGCAACGGGCAACAACAAGUGAGCUAGCUAACAACAACAGCAACAUGGCGAACAACAAGCAUAAUUUUCUGCUAUAUAAUGAAAAACUACACCAUACAAACAAAACAACAACAACAACAACAACCAACAACAACAGCAGCAACAAUAACAAAACAAAAAAACACAAUAAAAAUCAGAAGAAGAAAUCAACAUACAACCGAUGAUUAUAACGAAGAAGAACCAACAACAACAACAACACCAGUGUAAUGUCCUUGAGUUACAUAUUUGUAAACCCGCAUUAUUCAGUUAACGAGUCAGCAACCAACAACAAUCAUACUUAAGCUAAACCGAAAUGUCGAAAUAAUUUGUAAGCAGUUCGUAGUCCAAACCAUUUUAGGCGUUUUUCCAACCAACUAUUUGCCUAAGCAGGUGGAAGAAGAAAGUGAAGAAAGUGAAAGAACCAUUAAUACACCACACUAAAACACCAAUACACACACACAUAUACAGUCAAACAUCUACAUGACCAUAACAACAAUUAUAAUCCCAACAAAAACAAAACAAAAAACCAAACAAAAAACCAAACACAGAUAACAAAAACUUAAAGAUCGAUGAACAAGCUCUAAAAAUUGUAUUUGCCAGUAGUAGUGGGACAACAAACAACACGCUUGAUUUUAAUUAAACAAACUUACCAAAUUACCUAAAAGAAAUACCCAAAAUAAAAAUAAAAAAAUAAACAAAAGAACGAGCAAAUAACGGUAAAGGGUAAGCAGAAGCAGAAGCCACAAACAAACAGAACAAACAAACAAACAAAAUCCCCCGUAAAGCAACAUUCAAAAACUAAACAGAUGAACCUUUUUCAACUUAUUCUAAAACCGAGACGAGAACACCAAUUUGCAUAGUUUGUAUUGUACAUUUAUCCAGCUAAAUAAUGCAAAAGUAAAAAAAAAAACAUGAAAACCAAAGGGAGUAAAUCAAAAGCGGGCCCAAGAACAACUAACUAAAGCAACACCAAUAACAACAACAACAAAAAGAAAUACCGCCUGAACUGCCAUUGAAAGCAAUACGAACCAAAAAAAAAAAACAAAACAAAAAACAAAAAGAAAACAAGAACAAAGCUAAACCAAAAACGAAAGAGAUACAAAGUAUAAUCACACACAACAGUCCAUACACCCGCACACACUCACACAGACAAACACACACACACACUAACAGAAGGAGGGAAAAAAAGGUCACCAAGAAACGAGAGUAAUAGGCAGACAGAGUAAUUUCACAUUCACAUACAAUCGUACUAACUAACGGGCAUUCCCUUUGCAGUUUCGUUUAUGGCGAUAACACAUCCCAUUGGGCCAGCAACAGAAAGUUCAAAGCAAACAUUUCAACCAUAUAGGGAUCGGAUUUGUUGAGACCAUAUUCUCAUUUUGAGGUUAUGAACCACCAUUUGAGGUUAUGUUCUCACUUUCAGGUUAUGCCCUCGCACACACACUCACACACACACUGAAACAUCCUAACACCUUAACUACAUUUUAACAGCAACACAAAGCGACGACAGUACCAAACAAAUCCUUGGAGUUGGGGCGCAUGGAGCCGAAGGAAGUGAGACGCAGACGAGUGAAACCUUUAAUAAACAAGAUCUUAGCAAUUCAAAUUCGAAUUCGAUCAGUUAAAAACAAAAACAAAAAACAAUAAACGAUGAACGAUGUACGAAGAGAAAGCGGAGUAAGUGUAUAAGCCCAAAAAAAAAAAAUCGAACAAUACCAAGAAUGUGAAGUGAAAGAGAAGAACCAGUACCGAAACAAGUUCAAAGCAAGGCAAAGCGAAGUGCUAAAAAAGAAAACGCGAAACAAAAUACGAAAAUGAAAAAACGAAAAAGAAAAUAGCAGAAGAGCAGUUUGUGCCUAGCACAAUAUAAAAAACUAAAGCAACUAGAGAAACGAAAACGUGUGAGUGAACAAUUUGAACGUGUUUUUGUUUUCAAAGUGUGCUCUAUUUUCACAUACUUACCUUCUUUUUGAUGAUCUUAACCUACAAGUAGAAAUCGAGCAAGGAUCGAGUUUAACGCGAAAAUUACACAAUGAGCAAGGAGAGUAAAUACGAAACGAAUAUAUAUUACACGUAAUUAUAACAUAAAUAAUUUAAACUUAAAUACGAUAUUGAUACUGAAUUUUGAAUUCAAACAAAGUUUUAGUCCGACCGACCGCUUGAGAGCGUAGCAUACUUUUCAGCGCCAGACGCCUUUCGCAUUCGCUUUCCUUUUCGUAUCCGCCGCAGCCGCGUUAUAACAAUGGACAAGGAGAUAUGAGAAAACCGAUAAACGAUAACCAAUUCAAUACCAAAAAAAAAAAAAAAAAAAAACAAAAACGAAAAACCAAAAAACUUAUAGUAUUCCGCUCAGUUGCGCCCAAUUUUGCCAAGCUAAGCUUUGUUUGAAUCAGCUUUUGAUCUGCAAUUUGAUUUCUUUGGUUUCUCUGUCGUUUCAUUUACUAGCAAUGCCUUUUUCGCCGCUGUUCAGUUAUGUAUCGACCGAUACCGAUUACCGAUUACCGAUUACGAUAACGUUCAAUGAAGUUCCAUUGAAUUAGCUCCCACUGCACUGAUAGUUGCGGAGCACUUCGAGACUCGAGUGACGCAGCAACAAAGAAAAAUUAUAUGUGAGGUUCCAUUGCGCACACACACACACACACACAUACAUACACAGUACAGUACACUCUCGCCACAGUCACUCGAAAAAAAAAACAUAAGACAUAUAUAGAAACUCAGAAACACAUGUAAAUGCUUUGCUUUUGCUUCGAAAUUGCUGCAAUCGUAGUAGGAGGUGAAUGAAAAACGAAUACUUUGGGAUCAAUGCGCUUUUUGGUUUUUGACAAUAACAAUUACCAACUCACACCACCCACUGACACUUACGUCCACAAGAAAACAUCCACAGAGACAGACAUGGACAUUGAAAAUAUGUUUGUACCUUCUUUCAGUGACGAUCCUCUGACUCGCUGACUUGCUCUCACUUGAUCUCCAACAACAGUUAAAACGAAACAUGCUUUCAUCACAGAGAGACACAUACACACACACCCACACACACACACACACUGCCUGACUUCUAACUAUCUGUUAAAUCAAAUACAAAUGCGGAACUUGUUCUAAGCACAUCCACAUCUACCCACUAAAAGUAUAAAGAAAAAACAGCAUCGUACAAAAUUAAUCAGCAUUGGGAAUUGACAAAUUCAUCCUAGGCCAACCAAACUGCAAACCAUUUUGAUUUGCCAACCCUUUCGGCAUAAAUCCGUUUCAUUUAGUUUCCCAAAAAGUGUCUUUUUCUUAGUAGAUCACAGUUGGUCUUUUGGAAAUGGCCAGAUUUGAGUCCUGUCUUGGCUAAGAGUUUUUGAAACUGUUUUUUUAUGGCAACUGUAUAACAGUUAUAUACAUCUUGUAGAUCAAUUUCAAGGUUUGUACUGCACAGUACAACGUAUAAUAGAUUUAUAACAGUUUUUUUUAAGUUGUCCAAAAAAAAAAACAGUUUUCUUUACUGCUAGACAAGACAGCAGGACACCUAUCAUGGCCACUUCGCACCGAUCAACUGCCUCAACCAUUUGCAAUAGUUUCCCAAUACUAGACCGACCGUUCCGAUUUCACCAUCUCAAGGCGUUCAAAACACUAUAUCCUAUCCUAGCCGAACACAAAAAUGUAACGCAAACAACAAAAAUUGUAGAGUAAUUAACUUGUGUACAUUAUGGGGACCAGUUUAAGCGUUGCCUUAAAGUCCAAACAAAUUUUACGUGUUUCAUUUGUUUUGCGCACGCUUUAACAAGAGCUUUGUCCAAUGAUCAGAUAGCCCCAGUUUAUGUUUUAUGCUGAAGAAGAGGGAAGUUCGGGGGUUUCACAUCUUGACAUCUGUGUGAGCGCCCCUUAACACUAAACCCCCUUUGGAGACGCAACGCAAAACCCGACCCGAACAGACUGCAAUAUAUGGUUCGCCUUUAAAAUCAUCGUAUUACCUAUUUGUAUUUACCCACCACCACCCACCAUUGAUUUAACGCUUGCCAAUUGCCAAUUUUGUAACGACUUGAAUGUAGCUUCAUUAUUAUACAUUUUGUUGGCUGUUUGACAAAUAAUACGAAUACCCACUUUAAUAAAUAAUAGAACACAUGGAAAUAAAUGAAUGCAAAAACCAUAAAUCGCUUAGUCGAGAAUAAUAAUACAAAUGAAUAAUAAUAAUAAUAAUAAUAAUAAUGAAAAACGAAACAUGCUAUAAACUAAUAACAGAAAAUUAAGUUUGAAAAUUCCGUACAAAAAUGCAUAAGUUUAAACGAAAAAAAAGAAGCAUAUAAUAUUGAGAAAAAAAAGCUAAACGAAAUAAUAUAUCUACUUAUACUGAGUGCACUGUUAUAAACGAGGGGCGGGGCGAGAUUAAAUAAACAACAACAACAACAACAACAAACAAAAAACGAAUCAAACGAAAAAUGAAAAAUGAGAAAGAAAAACAAAGAAACCUAUAUAUUAUAACGGUAUAUAAUAUAUAUACUUCAAGAUAUUGUACUAUCUAUGUGUGAAUAUAACAUCAUCUGCAAGAAACAACAGCCACACAUGAAGCUUAAGCGACAAGCAAAAACAAAAACAAAACCAAAAAAAGAAAGAAAGAAAGAAAGAACAGAGACAACUUGAAAGCAAACAAGAAGUCGACUCGAAGCGAUACUCUAUCUAUAAUAACCAUGUAAAUUUACAAUAAUAAAAAAGCCGAUUGAGGGAUAUGAAUUUUAGCAAGCGGUAAAUUCAAGCUAAGCCGAACCGAAACGCAAAUCGAAAUCGAAAAGUUGAACAAAACCAAAAAACAAAAAAAGAUGUUAGGAAGAAAAAGAAAGGACAGGCGUCGAGGAAGGAUGAUAAAUGAUAUUGAUAAGGAAAUCUAUUUCAUAUUUUUAGCAUACGUGUAAACAUAUUUUUUGUGCCGAGGUUACGUUCGAAGCAACACGCGCAUCAUUGCCAUUAGACAAAAUAAAAUUAAUUAUAUAUACAAUAUGCCUAAAAAUAAUACGGUUAAAACAAAAGCAAAAACAAAAAAUAAAACUAUAACUAAUUAUUAUAAAAGAAAACAAACAAACAAAAAAAAAAAACAAACCAACAACUGCAUAUUUUGUGCUGCUGAAGAAAGUCACAACGCAA